AUGCGUCGAAAUGGUCUGAACCUCUUCGCGGGCUUGGGUCUUUGCGCCAGCUCCUGCAGCGCCGUGACUCUUUUCGCAGCCGACUCAGGCGGCAAUGUGACGACUCUUGCCUUGACUGGAUCCGGCAAAAACUACACUCUCGCCGUCACUUCCAAAUCAGCUGAGUGUGAGGUUAACCCUGCAUGGCUGGGCAUCGACAAGACCAGCCAUAUCCUCUACUGUCUGGAUCGCGGUGGCAGCUCGUCCACUUCAGGCUCGCUUAACUCCUUCUCCAUCGACGGAGAUGGAGCUCUUGCCCGUUUGGACCGCGUGGAUGCGCCCUUAAGCGGCGUUGCUGGUGGAAUAAUCACUACCGACACAGGAGCAAAGGCGUGUGUGAGUGCUUCAUACAACCGAAGCGCAGCUGCCGUCUACGCUCUAGGCGAGAACGGAGAUUUGCCUGGAACCGGGCCCUUGCAGCAAUUCUUCCCCACGCUGAACCAGACUGGGCCAGUUGCGUCUCGCCAAGACCGGAGUUAUCUUCACGACGUUAUUGUGGACCCUACGAAUAAGUAUGUGGUUCUCAUGGACCUUGGUGGUGACCUUGGUCGGGUGUACACCUACGAUGAGGAUACCGUUGCCCCCAUCACUGAGGUGGACGGACUGGUCACCGAGCCUGGAACCGGCCCGCGUCACGGCGUUUUCCACACCAUGAAAAACGGCAAGGUCUAUUUCUUCUUCAACGGAGAGCUGAGCCAAAAGGUGUACUCUUACCGCGUGAAGUACACGGAAACUGGUCUGUCAUUCAAGAAGGUGUUUGAGAUUCCCGCCAUUGACGCCAGUCUGCCUGCAACACAGGCUCCCACCAGCGAGAUUGCAUUGAGCCCCGAUAAGCGAUUCCUCGUUGUGUCGAACCGUGAGAAGUCAUUCCGCGACUCGCCAAUCCUGGGAUCUGGACCUUCAGACACACUGUCUACUUUCCGUAUCAACAGCGACGGUACUCUGAAACUCGUGCAGCUUGCUCCUUCAGGUGGUUGGUCCCCGCGCCAGUUUUCUUUCAACAAAAAUGGCGACAUGAUUGCCGUGGGUCACCAAAACAACAGGACGGUGGUCAUCUGGAAGCGUGAUAUCAAAUCUGGCAAGAUUAUCCUCGAGGAAGAUGGUGGCAAGCUCGGUCAAGUGACCCUUACUGGCGCUGUUGUAGCUACUAUCUGGGAUGAAUAGUCUGUACACUAUGUCAAAGAUGUAGAUAUUUGCAUGGUUUCUUAACGGCGUUUGGUUACAAAAGAAACCACCUCAAUAUGACAUGUACGG